GCGUAGAGCGCGGUGACGUCACGCUGCCCUCCACAUGAUGGCUGCUGCUAUGGCGGAGCAGGAAGGCUCCAAAGGCAGCGCUCGGAACCGGGGAGGGGUGCAGCGGGUGGAAGGCAAGCUGCGGGCCAGCGUGGAGAAGGGGGAUUACUACGAGGCCCACCAGAUGUACCGGACCCUGUUCUUCAGGUAUAUGUCACAGAACAAACACGCAGAAGCAAGAGAAUUAUUGUAUUCUGGGGCCCUGCUUUUCUUCAGCCAUGGUCAACAAAACAGUGCUGCUGACUUAUCCAUGCUAGUUUUGGAAUCUUUAGAAAAAUCUGAAGCUAAAGUUACUGAAGAGUUAUUAGAAAACUUAGCCAAACUAUUUAGCUUGAUGGAUCCAAAUUCUCCUGAAAGAGUUGCCUUUGUGUCCAGGGCUUUGAAAUGGUCAUCUGGGGGAUCUGGCAAAUUUGGUCAUCCAAAAUUACACCAGUUCCUUGCAAUUACGUUAUGGAAAGAGCAAAACUAUUACGAAUCACGAUAUCACUUCCUGCACUCGUCAGACGGAGAAGGCUGUGCUAAUAUGUUAGUAGAAUUUUCAUCCACCAGAGGAUACCGCGCUGAGGUGGACAUGUUCGUGGUUCAGGCAGUCUUACAAUUUCUGUGUUUAAAAAAUAAAACCAGUGCGUCUGUGGUUUUCACAACGUAUACUGAGAAGCAUCCGUCAAUAGAAAGGGGUCCGCCAUUUGUACAACCUCUUUUAAACUUCAUUUGGUUUCUUCUGCUGGCAGUUGAUGGGGGAAAAUUAACAGUAUUUACAGUAUUGUGCGAGCAGUAUCAGCUUUCCUUGAAGAGAGACCCCAUGUAUAAUGAGUACCUCGACCGAAUAGGACAACUUUUCUUUGGUGUUCCUCCUAAACAGUCCUCUUCAUAUGGGGGUUUACUGGGAAACCUCUUAAAUAGCCUGAUGGGAUCUGGUGAAGAUGACGAUGUGGAAGACGGCCAGGAAGAUAGCAGUCCAAUAGAGCUAGAUUGAGGAGGGGACAGAAUGUGUAUGACCAGGAUCUGCAUGAUACAAAAAUAAAACCGGAUGUGGAGCGACUAAUGCUAUGAUUUGAGUCUUUGAAGAGUCAUUUGUAUCCAAUGGAUGGAAGAUAUAAAUGUUUGGUCUAAUAUAAAUUGUAUCACAGGGGUAGCUGGAAAAGAUAGUUUGAGUAAAUAUUAGCAAUGGCCCCAGCAAAUUUUGCUUUUUCAAUUCCGAUCAUUAAUUCCAAGUGUCUUUUAAAGCUAAGCACAUGGUUAUUUGAAAUGUCAAAGCCAAGCAGUUAGAGAGAAAACAAAUUUAUUUUGAGUCUUAUUAUAUUCGUUACUUCUAGUUCUGGAUUUUGACUGUAGCUUGAUUUAGAGAUGAUUUGUCCGUAUUGUCAUUGCCAGACCUGCCACGUUUUUUUAUUCUCUGACUGCAAGAAUUCCAUUAUUUUUUCUUCUUUUUUUUAUGGAGUAUUACGGCUAAACAUUUUAUUUUGCACCCUGUUCCUGGGUUAGGUAUGUGUGCUAGUCUUGUUUGUUAGGUGCACAGCCAAUAUAAACGACACACUUAAGAUUAUUUAAAUACAAUGGACUUUCUUUUAAUAUGCAAUAUUUAUUACAGAGGUGAUUUUUGUACAUUAACCCCUUCAGUUCCAAAUACACUGCCAGACUGUGACACUGGUAGUGAAAUGUUAUUUUAUGUUUUUGAGAGCAGUAGUGCUGGUACCGAACAUGGCAGACCAAUCCCAGUGCUACAAAAUAAAUCAUGACAUUUAUCCUAUAAA